AUGGCUUCUUACGCUAGAAGGAUCCUCUCGAGGAUGACGAUGGCUAACCCUCCGUCGAGGAAUGCAUCGACCUUCGCCGGCACCCGGAUUUUGGCGGCCAGAGGUCGGCCUUCUCCCCCCGAGGUGAUCGAGGAGGAGAUCCCGACGUCGGGAAUCAGCCGGCCCCUCGCUGAGGUCCUGCGAGAACUCAGCAAGCGAGUCCCUGAGUCCGUCAUCAAGGUUCGCGUGGAAGACGGCACGGAAGUCAAAUACGUCCCCUGGUUCGGAAUCGUAGAUGCUUUACCCUCUUCAUUGCUGCAAUUUUUUGACGUACGACCGUCAUUUUCUUUCUGGCCUCUGCUAUGUAUGCAUCCAUAGUUUUUUGCGGCUUUUCCUGUCAGUGUAUGACUUUUCGGAUGUGCUCACGUCCAAUUUCCGCCGAAUAUCUCCAUAGUUUGGCACAUUGUUUGUGGAUUAAUGCUCCUUUCGGCUAGAGAGAGCUCUGGGGGAAGUUUUGUGAUACCGCAUUUGAUGCCUGCGCGAAGAGGGGAGGAUUUUGAAGAGUGCCUUAGGUAUGUGAAGGGGACGGUAAAAUGAUUGUGAGCUUGGGAUUGACCUAGGCAACUCUCAUUUGAAGUUUCAGCGGAUAAUAGAACGAUUUCCAGGGCAUUAGAUAACCUAGCGCACCAGACACAGGUCUCAGUUUCAUGGAGCAAAUGCGUCUAUCUUCCGUUAUCAUAGAACUAAGUAUUUGGCUGUGGUAAUGGCCUUAGAAGCUGUUGAAGCGCGUCCUUUAAACUCUGUAUAUGACCCUCAUGUGUAUUCCAUUGAGAACUAAUUCGCCGGUGGUUCUAAAUUCUUGACGCAUUCUUUUUGAAAGAGGAGAUUGAGUAGAUAGCGUUGAUCCCUUUGAACUACAAGUCACCUACGGGCAACUUGUGGAAGGUCUUUGGAGGAUUUUCUAUGAUCACUUCCAACCGUGCUAUAGAACUAGAGAGAACAUCUACCGCAUAUGCCACAUUUUCAUGGAGAUUUCCUCCUUUAGAAUGUUAGAUUUGCCGUUUGAUAAGAAAGUUUUGUCAGAAGGUCAGUGGAGAUUGACGGAUGCCACAUUGCUGACAAUGGCUAUCAUAACUAUCAGUUGCAUGCUUUUUAUUCUAUCAUUUUCAUUCUCUGGCCCUCCCCAACACCUUCAAUAUCACCAAUCGACGUAGCUCAUCUCUCUCGCUUUCUCUCCCCCUUUAUGCCACUUAUCAUUCACAGUGCCUUGGUAGAUAUAUUACCCUAUUAAUUAAAUUAUUUUUAAACUGCCUUAUUUUUGCUUGAUCUUUCUCUCUAAGGGAGCCUAAUACCUUUUGAGCCCAUCCUCUUCUACUGAUCAGGCACCCACGAGAUCAAAUAAACUCUUAUUAAUGUGUGAUGAUCUUUGAUUUUUGAAUCAUUCAUGAACUCGCAUUUUCUUUGUUUUUUUUUUUUCUUGAAAUGUCAACUAGGAAAAUUGUCUUGAUCAGAGAGUUUUACGUAGUUGAUUAUUACUCUUUCUGUGUAUUAUUAUUUCGAUUGUUUCUUUCUCGUGUGAAACUUUCUGCUACUACUAAGUUCAUUUUCUUCCUCACUUUCUUGCAGGCAUAUUGUGAAUCGGAUUAUGAAUAUGCAGGCCCCGGGUGCUUCUUUUUCUUCUUCUUCUUGUCCCAGUUGCUCAAUAGGAGACUGUCGGUUAAUUUUUCUUUCUUGGGUUUGUAGAAUGGUCAGGUGAGGUUAGAAGCAUCACGUAUUCAGCUGAUGGCAAGUCAGUAUCAGUCAUCUACCGUGUGACUCUCUAUGGAACUGAUGCGGAGGUAUUUUCUGAGCUCAGUUAAUGUUUCUGUAAACCAUUCGCAGACUCUGUAUUAAUUUUUAUUUAUAAUUCUGUACAUUGGAAUUAUGCAGGCUUAUUUCUCUCCCGUGUAUAAUUCUAUCAUUUCUUUUCAAAAAUAAUUGUCCUUGUGCUAUCCACUCUUAAGACGCGUUCUGUCAUCUUCAUCUUAUCAGCUAAUAGCUUCAAAAUUGUGACGUAGGGUUCUUUUAAAUGUCAAAGAUUAGAUUGGAUGUCUCAUAUGUUGACAUGUAUAUUAUUGACAAAAGAAGCAUGGCUUCACCGUCUUCUUUCAUUGUGUUGAUCAACAAUAGGACGUUUCAAGAGUAGAAUCUAGUUGUUCUUGGACAGAUCUUCUUUCUGUAUUUUUGCUGCCUGAAGAAGAGAUGGAUCUUGAAGGUGUGAUCCCAGCAGCACCAAACAGGGGUGCUGUAACAGCUGACUAAGAUCUAAAAACCCAUUUAUUUAUUCCAUCAUUGCCUGAAUUUACAACUUUUAAUUGAUUUAAUUCUCCGGAAUCCUUUUCAGAUCAAUUUAAUUAAUCAUGAACUACACACCAACAUCGGUGAAUGAACUAGUUAGAUCCUCCACAUGCUCAACUCGCGAGCUUAUCUCACCACUGCCAUCGGUUUUUUUAGAAGAAAUAUGUGCUCCAUCUGACGAAUGAGUUCCAGAUUUGAUCCGUUUCAUCGCUUUCUAAUCCACCAUAAUUCGCCACUCGUCAGAUCUUCUGCAUCUGAUAUCAUGGGUUCAUCUUCUUACUGCCAUCGAUAUUUUAAGACAAAUGUGGUUUAUCCAUCUCAUGAGUUCACAUUAUUGCUUGAAUCAAUUUUUCCAUAAAAAGAUUCUUCUUUGCCUGAUGAAUGGCUUCCAGAUUUAUCGGGAAUCCACUGGAACAGCAUCUGUGGACGACACAAGCUAUGGGGAUCCUGUGCAGAAGGCCGAAGCAAUGGCCUUCCGACGGGCCUGCGCUCGCCUCGGGCUUGGCCUUCACCUCUAUCACGAAGAUCUGGCCUAG